CGGGCGAGUGCGCGUGCGCAAGGGCGCGCACCGAGCGGGACGGACAAAGGGGCGGCGGCGCGCGGCGCGGAGGGUGGAGCCGCGAGCCGGGCCGGCAGGUGCGCGCGGGGCGGAGGGCGGAGCCGCGAUGCCGCGAUGGAGCGCAGCCCGGGCGGGCGCCGGGACCGGGGCCGGAGCGCCAGGCGGAGCGCGAGCCCGAGCCGCAGGCAGAGCCCGGACCGGGCCGGCGUCCGGGACCGCGGGGCCGGGCUGCUCGUAGCGGCGGCGACGGAGCCCCCCAGCGGCUGAGGGGCCUCCUCCCAGCGCUUGCGGGCGGCCGGGACGCAGCGAGCCCCCGCAGCCGGGGAGCGGGGGGAUCCCCCACGACAUCCAGACCCAGAGCACCCCAGGAAAGCGGGGGGAGGCCUCCAGAGCCAACACAGAACGACUCCCCCGCCGGGGACGGCGAAGACUUCCUCCGUGUUCAGGAGACAGCGACGUCCCUGCGGUGCCACGGAGACUCCCCUCUUCGGUCCGGGCGCCCCCCAAGACCGAGAACGCAGUGACCCUCCUGUCCGGGAGCGCGGCGCCCCCCCCAAGAUCCCGGCCAGUACAACUCCUGACCUCAAGGCACGAAGACCCGGCUCAGAGCGCCCUGCAUCAGGGAGCCCUAGACCCCCCAAUUCCGGCGCACAAACCCCAAAUCUAGGGACCUGAGGACGGAAGAGCUAUUCCUCACCAGCAAGAGGCCUCGGGGACACCCCUGCACACACACACACACGCACACACACACACACACACUCAAAGCUCCAGGACCCGGCGACUGAGCCCCUCGCGGCGCCCCUCGCAUCCCAGCCGGCGGCGGUGGCGCCCUGAGCCCCCGGGCCGGGCUGACGGGAACCGAGACGGCGCCCAGGCCCCCCGCCGCGGCGUCCCCGCGGCCCCCGCCCAGGGAGAAGAUGAGCGUGGGCUGCCCAGAGCCCGAGCCACCCCGCGCUCUGCCCUGCUGUGGGCCAGGGACGGCCCUUGGGCUGGGGGCAGGCGUGCCCCUCCUCACUGAAGACAUGCAGGCCCUGACCCUCCGCACCCUGGCUGCUAGCGACGUCACCAAGCACUACGAACUGGUGCGGGAGCUGGGUAAAGGCACCUAUGGGAAGGUUGACCUGGUGGCCCACAAGGGCACAGGCAUGAAAAUGGCGCUGAAAUUUGUGAACAAGAGCAAAACCAAGCUGAAGAACUUCCUGCGGGAGGUGAGCAUCACCAACAGCCUCUCCUCCAGCCCCUUCAUCAUCAAGGUCUUUGACGUGGUGUUUGAGACCGAGGACUGCUACGUCUUUGCCCAGGAGUAUGCGCCCGCUGGGGACCUGUUCGACAUCAUUCCUCCGCAGGUGGGGCUCCCCGAGGACACGGUGAAGCGCUGCGUGCAGCAGCUGGGCCUGGCGCUGGACUUCAUGCACGGGCGGCAGCUGGUGCACCGCGACAUCAAGCCCGAGAACGUGCUGCUGUUCGACCGCGAGUGCCGCCGCGUGAAGCUCGCCGACUUCGGCAUGACGCGCCGCGUGGGCUGCCGCGUGAAGCGGGUCAGCGGCACCAUCCCGUACACGGCGCCCGAGGUGUGCCAGGCGGGCCGCGCCGACGGGCUGGCCGUGGACACGGGCGUGGACGUGUGGGCCUUCGGCGUGCUCAUCUUCUGCGUGCUCACCGGCAACUUCCCGUGGGAGGCGGCCUCGGGCGCCGACGCCUUCUUCGAGGAGUUCGUGCGCUGGCAGCGCGGCCGCCUGCCGGGGCUGCCGUCGCAGUGGCGCCGCUUCACCGAGCCGGCGCUGCGCAUGUUCCAGCGGCUGCUGGCGCUCGAGCCCGAGCGGCGCGGCCCGGCCAAGGAGGUCUUCCGCUUCCUCAAGCACGAGCUCACGUCCGAGCUGCGGCGCCGGCCCUCGCACCGCGCCCGCAAGGCCCCGGGGGACCGCCCGCCCGCCGGGCCGCUGCGCCUCGAAGCGCCCGGGCCGCUCAAGCGCACGGUGCUGACCGAGAGCGGCAGCGGCUCCCGGCCCCCGCCCCCGGCUGUCGGGCCCGUGCCCGUGCCCGUGCCCGUGCCCGUGCCCGAGGCUGGGCUGGCGCCCCCGGGCCCGCCUGGCAGGACCGACGGCCGCCCGGACAAGAGCAAAGGGCAGGUGGUGCUGGCCACGGCCAUCGAGAUCUGCGUCUGAGCCGCCCUGCCGCCCUCGGGCCGGGCGCCGGUUCCUGGGCACGCAGCCGGCUGGGCGCUGGAGCCGCCCCGGGCCCCGACAGGCGGGUGGCGGCGGCGGUGGAGGGAGUAGUAGUAGUCUAGGCAGGACGGCAGCCCAGCCCCGGCGCCCGCCCAUCGUUUGAAGGGCUGGGGAUAGACACCAAGGCCUCUGGCCUGGCCUGUGGCGCCCAUAGGAGCCAAGCCCCACAGACCCGAGCGUUCGGAGGCCCCCUGACACCUGGAGCAAGGGAGCUUGCGGGUGGACUCCCCAACACCUCCCUGACCCCCAGAACCUCGACUAGUCGCCCCUGGCCCUUCGCACCCCCUGGCAGAGCAUCCCCCAGCCCCGCCCCAGUCCUGCCCUCCUGCCCCUGACACACCCUGGGCACAGAAAGGGACAGGAGUGUUGGGGCAGAGAAGAGGCUGAGGCCCCUGGGCGCUGCUGGAAGGAGGACAAUGAGCUGGGAGCAGGGUGCUGCUCACCUGCAUCCUGCGGGCUCCCGGGAGGCUGGAGGGGAAGGGCCGGCCCCUUGCAAAAUGUAGCAAAUGUCUGGGUGUUGCAAAGUCUGUGCCCAGGCACAGGCCCUAGGAACCCAGUGACUCCCCCACCCAUUCUGAUGAGGACGCCGAUCGCAGGAGGGCAGCUUGCCCUGGGCCACCAGACCUGAGAGGUGGAGGUCCCGUAGCCCUCACUCUCCUCCUCAGAGGGCAGAAGGGCUCCCAGGGCAGGGACCCCGGCACCCCUAGGGUAGGGGAGUGUAGAGCCCAAGGCAGGGCCCAGCUCCCCUGCCCGCCACACCUUCCCCAGGCCCAGGGAACCUCUCAGAUCCCCCCAGUCCUGGCUGCCCAGCCCAGAGAGUGCCCUGGCUGGCGGUGAGGUGAUUGGUGCCAGAAAUUCCCCUGGGUCUCCGCUGGGUCAGCCUCGGCCAGCCCUGUCCCCACGGCGCACAUUUCCGGUCCUGGCUGUGACGCUGCGGGUGUGAGAACGGGUGCCGAGGAAACAGCAGGGCGUGGGUGUGCUGUGUGAGCGCACAGAGUGCACACGUGUGCGUGUAGCCUUGUGUGUCGAGUGACUGCGUCAGAGGCCUCAGCAACUCCUCCCUGCUCCAGGGCUCCUGCCGGGCAGCUGCCGGAGGGCACCAGGCCUGCUUCUCACCACCCCCUCAGGGAAUCCGCCAGGAGGCACCCGCAGGCCGGUUCAGGCCCCGGGCAGCACAACCGCGGAGAGGAGCCCAGCCUCACCCAGGGCUCCCUCAUCGCCCGGCCCGCUGUGGAGGCCCAGGACCUGCAAUAACCUCAACAUGGUGAGGCUGCCCCUCUGCCUGGCAGGGCACCAUUCACCACCAUGCGCCCCACCUGCCAGGUCCCUUCUGGCCAUUGGAGGGGGCUCUGUAAUGGGCCAGGCUGACCAGAGGAGCCCCGACCACCCUCUGGCCUGGAGCCCCCCUCCAUUCACCCCUUAUUCCCACCGCACAAAAGGGCUAUAGGUCCCCCUGCCCUGCCUGGGUCCAGUUUACAAACAGGUUGCCCCAGGGCCUGGCCCCCACCCCUCGGUGUGCGCCCUCUCAAGACCCACCUCGCCAGCAGGCAUCGGGGCCUCCACACGCCAGGUAAGUAGCAAACCCCUUCUUUCACCAAGGGCCAAGGCCCGUCACUGCCCCGGACCCCGGACCCCGGAGCCCACCACCGGCACCUCUCCUUUUGCCUUAGGCCUUUCGACAUCCUGUCUCCUGCAAUAACAAGGAAGCGAGAUUCCAAGUAGAUGUCCCUCGUGCGUCCUCUCCCUCUCUCUGUUGAGAUCCUCGUCUUAGUAGCUGGGAUGUUAGCGCCGGGAAGGGACGGUAGUUGUGUGGCCCAGCAUCGUCAGGGCACAGCGGGGCAGGGACGCUGACUCAGCAGGGCUGGAACCAGGGCUGCUCCGCUGUGGCCGCGGCUGCCCCGGCUGGCUGCGCUGCGGGUUGGUUGGGACCCUUUGCCCCUUAGGAGAGGUGUUGGUCACAGAUGUUUACCUCAGUUUAUGUCACUGUCGAAGAAACAAAAAAAUAAAUAGCAAAAAGUAACACCGUAGACAUGAAGACUUAGAAAACAACAAAAAAAAACUUUAAAGAAUCCUCCCCUUGCUAUUCCUCUGUGAGGUGUGUGUGUGUGUGCGCGCGCGCGCCCCACGUCUCUGUCCCGCCCUGGGCAGGCCCCCUGUCCUUUGGUGCUUCCCAGAGGCCCCUCUGAGCUGGCCUGUAGGGUGUGGGGAGCCCCCUGGCAGGAGGCAGGGCCACAAGUUAGCUAGCGGGUCUGCCAGGCCCCUGAGCAGAGCCUCAAGGCCACCGAUGCUCCCUGAGCCGCUCGCUGUGGCCGAUGGGACAGUUGUGGUGGCAUCGUAGCCAGGCUCAGGGCCUGGGUGGGACCCCCCAGCCCCACAUAUAUUGACCCCCUCCCCAUGUGUUUGUAAAUACUCUGGCAUCCUUUGGCCCUGAGGAGGUUUUUAAAUGUGUUAUUCUCUAUCUUGACAAUUGCUAUAAAAUAAAAAAUUCAGAAAAAUUA